UGGCUGUACUAUUCAUAAUGAUAGUGCUUUUAGAUUUCUUAUUCUCUCUUGAUAAAAGAAGGGUAUGAAGUGAUCUUAUUGAAUCUUACAAGAUUAUUUAGGGGAUCAAUAAAAUUAAAGGCUUCUGAUUUCUCAGUGCUGUAUUCUGAAAAGAGUAGGAUGAAAGAACAAAUUUCAGAUUUGGAAAAGACAAUUUUUAUUUUCCUAACAGAGUAAUUAGCUUAUAGAAUGAUUUGCUGUUGGCACUAGUGAAGGCCACCACUCCACAAGAGUUUAUGAGGGGAAUAGAUGAUUUCUUACUUUUCUUAAGGAUGAAUGCUGAUGAUUUGGAAAACCUUUUUGAUGAGGAUGAAAAUUUGGAUGAGUUACAUACAGCUGAAAAUGAAGAUGAUACUCAGGAGGAUAAUCAAGACGUUAGAAAUGAAGAUGGAGAUGUAAAUACUGCUAGUCAACAGCCAGUUGAAGCAAAGAAAAAAAUUGUUCGUAAUCCCCUGCCAAAGCUUGAUGCAGACAGACUCUGUGGAAAACGAGGUAUUGCUCUACUUCCAAAGGUGUUUGAAAAAGUUACUUUUAAAGGGAAAGGCUAUGAGACAAAUGACUUGGAUAAAAUGAUGGCAAUAUUAGAACAUUGGGCACACCGUUUGUAUCCACGCCUUCCAUUUAGUGAUGUUUUAGAAAGAAUUGAAAAGUUGGGUGCUAAGAGACCAGUACAGACAUGUAUAAGGAGAAUACGAGCAGACAUGCCCAUUUUCUCUGAGGACUUUGUUGGAGAAGGAGGGGAAGAGGAAGAAGAAGAUACAGUGAGGAGACAACAGGAUGAUAAAAAUACUGAGGAUAUAUUUGAGGAUUUGUUACGGGAACAAGAAAUUGAAGCUGAAUUAAAUACUGGACAUGAAAUGAAUAGAUAUGAGACAGAAAGCUUCCAAACUCUAAGAGAUCUUCCAGCCUCACUAGAACAUCCAUCCAUACCUCAAGAUUGUAAAACACCAACAAAUAAAGUGUCAUUGACAGAAGAGCAGAAAGAAAAAAUUGAACGUAAUAAGCAAAUUGCUGAAGAGCGCAGAAAACAAAAAUUACAAGCCCAGGAAAAUGAUCAUGACAUUACAAACAUGAAUACAUUAAAAGUUGGUUCACCUAUGGUUUUAAAUGUUGCUACUCCAGUGACACAGGUUGAAUCUAAUUUGAGUCACAAAGAAAGUACUUCAACUUUCACUGAAGAGUCUUUUCUUCUUCCACUCAGUGUCACUACCCCACUGACACAGGUUGAUUCUAAUUCGAGUUAUGAAAGAACUACUUCACAUUUUGUUGAAGAUAAUGAAUUGGAAAUAACUGGAACUUCUCACCUUCCACUCAGUGUCACUAGUCCAGAAGGCUGUUCUGGCUCAUUCUGUACAAAUAUAUCUUCACUACACUGUGCCUCUGGUUCAUUGAAUGAAGGUUUAUCUGCACAUGUGAAUAGUGACUCAAAAUCUAUUGACCCAGGAAAAGACAACAGAGAAGAAAAGGAUAAACAAAAAAUAAAUGAUAAUUUUUUGACUGAAGAAGAGUUGCUAAGAGAAAUGGAAUGUAAUCAUUAAGUAUUAACUUAAAACAUUAAUAGUAUGUUUUUUGUAUUGAAUUUAUGCUGAAAAGCUUUGUAUUUUAUUUUAAUGUAAAAAAAAUAGAAAAAAUAACUAAAAAUAAGAGUCUGAAAGUUUGUAAUGUAUUUUUAAUAUGACAUAUAACAUGUUCAUUAACAUUGUGGAAGGCAUAAUUUUUAUAAUGAAACUUAAUUUUAACUCUAGGGAUACAAUAUAAACAAUACAAUAUAGAAAAAAACUGACUUCAAAAGUAUAACUGAAAUUAGUUAAUUUAGUGAAACCAAAUGCAGUUUCAUGUUGGUAUAUGUUCUAUCUUCAUGUUGCAGCUGUAUUCCUUAGAAGCUGCUUAUCAGUACUAAAGAGCCAUAACCAAUAUAUUAAAAUGUUUUAUCAUUGAGACCCUAUUAUUUGUUUAGACAGUUAUUUUGAAAUAGUCUAUUCAUAUAUGUUUAAACAACAACAAACUCUUCUCAACAUAUUAUUUAAUGAAAACUCUGUAGAGCACUUCAUCAUUACGUUGUGUAUAAUUAUCAUAUUUGUGUAACUGUUAUCCUUGAGAAAAAAUUGAAAAAGUAUUGUCAAUAAAAUUACUAUUCUAA